CAAUGUUUUUUAGAUUGCCGCCCUUUUCCCGCUGAUUUAUGUUCACACAGAUUUAAUACAUGAUACAAGAAGUCUUUUAUAAUACAGACCGAAUAGAUGGGGAUUCUAUGAAUUGAAUGAACAGCAAUGGAUUCUACAAGUGACUCCUGUUUCAAGGAAACAUCUUCAUACGAAAAAUGCUCUAAAAGACGUCGUUUAAAUGUUGAUAUUAACAGUAAUUGCUAUCAGUCACAGAAUGAUGGUUGCACAAGCAAUGAACAUCUACAAAAGACAUUUAAUUAUGGGGAUGGAGUUCAACCAGACACUUUUAAAUCUAUUAACAGCAUAAUUCAUGAUUUAAUCUUAGCUACAAAACCACCCAAUAAAUCUGAAGAAGUGAAGAUGUACUUAGAAACAAUGCUUCUUGGAAAACAUUCAAAAGAGAAACUAAAAAAGUCGAAAGAAUUGAAGGAUAAAUCAAGGGUGAUUACCAACGCUGAAAGGUAUAUUACAGCAGUAUUAAGUGUUUGUUCUAAAGAACAGAGAAAGGAAUUAAUGAAAGUUACAAACAACCAUCAUAAUGACCACGUCCCUUUGUCUUUGGCUUGUAAGAUUGGAAAUCUGGAACUGGUCAAGUUUCUGGUGGAGUACUGCGAGGCUGACGUCAAUGGUAAAGAUGGGGAUGGUAAACCAAUGUUAUGGGCAAUAUCUAACCAAGAGGAAGACAUGGUUCGCUAUUUACUGGAAAACAAAGCUGAUCCUGCAAAAAAUGUGGGUAACUGUAAUCUUUUAAUGUUUUCUAUGAAGAUCUUUUCUUAUGCACCAUGGCCAACAUUUGGUUAUGAAGAAGUGGAAGAGGAUGAAGAUGAAGAUGAGGAUGAAGAAAACAAUGAUGAUGGAGAAGAUAACAAAACUGAAGAUGAUAGUGACAAAAACAAAACUGAUGAUGAGGACGAUGAGAAGGAGGAGGAGGAAAAAGAGAGUUGUGAUAACACUGAUAUUGAAAUCAAAAAGAAUGAAAAUAUUCCUGCACCAUUUUGUCCAAAACUUGAAAUUGUGAAAAUGUUGAUUGAUUAUGGAGCUGUUGAGAAAUGUUCUGAGAGCCAACUUUAUGACAUAUUUAAAGCUGUACUUCCAGAAGAGAGUAGCAACUUGAUAAUAGUUAACAUGGCAGAAGAAUUGUAUGAAGCUUGUUUGCCAUUAUUACUUGCCAAAGUACCUAACAUGGCCAGUUUAAAGAACGAUCAAGGCAUGACUUUGUUAGGUUACGAACUUCUCCAUAAGGAUUUGAUUAGAAAAUGUAAGAUCUCAGGUCAUUUGCUACGUCGCCUCGGUAGAAGUGACGGGUCAGAUAUCAAUAACGCGAACAUUAUCAAAUAUUAUCCUGUACGUCCAUCAGAGGACAUGUCCAAUGGUAUUGAAACAAAUAUAGAUACUGUUCUUAAGUCUUGCAGUGUUGACCAGACUACAAACAAUGCAGUUUGUCCUGAUGAUCCUGGUAACUAUGAGUAUGUACAUCCAGUUGUAUUUUUAGCCAGUGCCGGAAGGAGGUUAUUACACACAUGUCUAAAUAAACAUAAGGUUCCGUUUCAACCCAAGUUUGAUGCAUUAGAAGCUGCUGGGGCUUAUUAUGCCAAAUUUGGGUACUAUAACAAUGCUAUGAGUUGCUGGAAUAAUGCAGACAAAAUAAGGCAACAGAAAGUUUCAAAUAGAACAAAGAAAAUUAUGAAAGUAGAGAUCAUCCAAAAUCCAAUUAAUAUUUCACCUUGGGAAAAAGAAUUUCAAGUAAAAACUUUAAUGUCUAAGAAGUUACUGAAUCCGUUUGAAGGUGAUUCCAAUGUCAGCAUGGAGUUUGUUUACCUGGAUAUGGCUGAGAAUGCCAAGAUAACUAUCAAGUUGGUCAAAAAAUGGCAGGAAAAAUUAAUAAGAAGCGGUAAUGCUCCUGUUAUUACAGUGAAUCCACCAGAAAAAUCAAUAAAAUCUCACCUUACUUGUCUUAACACAUGUAACAGUAAAAAGUUGGACAAGAACACUAAUACACGUUUGGCUAUGCUGUUAAAAGGUGCAUUAAUACACGAACGACUCGUAGGAUACGGUUCUCAUGAGACGCUGAAGGCAUUCGAAGCAUUGUCCACAGAGUACUACAAACUCGAUCAAAUUAAAGAUUUCGUUUCUGUAGUCACAUACAGCUUUCCAUACUUUUUGAGAUAUAUAUCACAAGAGGAAACCUAUAUUGUGAGAGAUUAUACAAAGACUGAGACAUUGUCUAAGUUUAUAACCAACUUAACAUCCAUUGUUUUGACGGAGACAAAAUGUAUGCAGUUAACUUUUGACGAGCUGAUGGCAAUUGGUAAAUGUUUCUUCCUCCAUUACUUAGGCACACCAAAGAUUCAAAGAAUGUUCACAGAUAUUGCACCUCUGCUGAUAGCCAUAAAAGUACAGGAUAGUUAUGACAAGAGUGAAGAGCAGAGUACAAAGUUUUUAAAGUUCAUGGAAAGAGUAGUGAGUGACGACCUGAGGAACCGUGUUGGACAGAGUCUCUUACAUUAUGUCACCCCUGUAGUUAUGGAUAGAGAAGCCAAAGAUUUAGAGAAAGAAGUGUCGGGAUCACACAAAUUAGUCCAGAUAUUGCUAAGUUCAGAUGCAGAUCCUAAUACCGUGGAUGACUAUGGAAUGACACCUCUUCAUUUAGCUUACCGUGUCUUGUUGAGUGUUGGAUCAGAGCAUCAAACUGACCAAAUGAAUAUCAUCCAAGCCCUGCUUGGAGCUGGUGCUCACACAGACUGUAUAGAUGCUGCCAAUAGAACACCCAUCUCGUAUUCCCAGACGUCAUCAAGACCAUUGUGUACUGUGGGUACAAGAUCCUUGCAAUGUCUAGCCUCUGCUGUGAUUGUCAACAGUGGUGUGCCUUAUCAAGGACAUAAAUUACCUCACAUAGAGAAGGUGGUAGACUUACAUAAGAAGAGGGGCAAACGUACAUCUGAUCAAUUUACAGAAUAUUUGUUCAGUGAAUCUAAUCAAUGUUUUUACCAGGAGUCUGAUCAAAGUGAUCAAGGUAAUCAAAGUGAUCAAGGUAAUCAAAGUGAUCAAAGUAAUCAAGGUAAUCAAAGUGGUGAAAGUGAUGAGAAUGAAGGCUCUGAUUGACAUAAACAGACAGUUACUUAACAUUUGCCUUGUAAAUUGUUAUCAUGGUUUAAUAUUAAUUAAGUUGAUUGUUAUUUACUAAACAGGUUAAAUGUAGUACCAGGAUUAGCUCAUGCUGAAAAAUGUCUCACCGGAAACAGUAAAUAAUACAUGACAAAGAAAAAAAGUUCAACAUUUUGGGUGCAUCUUAAUUUUAAACCAUGUACAGGACUUUUGAAGAUUGCUUAUUAUUUAGGUGUGACCCAUGUAUAGAUAUAGACUGAGUUAUUUAUUGUCUUGCAAGCCAAAAAUCUAUCUACCAUGUUUUCUGGGCUAAUUUUUAUCUAAUUUAAUUAAACUAUUUAACCAUUAAUAACCAAUUAAAAAGACAAUUUUGUGUAAAUUAAAAAAAAAAACAGUUUAAUUUUUUGAACUAUAUUGCCAUAAUGUUUGCUAAUUCCCAUUUAACAAAUACAGUGCUGUGAAGUUGAACCUUAUGUUGUUGAAAGAAAUUCUCUGUUCAUAGAUCAAGGAAUUUAGAAAUAAGAUAUUCAUGAUCUUAUAUAACAGCCAAAUGACAGUGCUUUACAGAGGAGCAUAUCUCACCAGAUGUUUCUUUUGACACACCACUUGAAAACUUUAUUAUUGAAAUAUAUCAUGUUUCAGUGUGUGUUUAUUUAUAAAAUCAAAUUGUGUUCAACUUUCUGAAAAAUACAAAUUGUGUGCAACUUUCUCGAAACACAACAUUGUGUUCAACUUUCUAAAAAAACAAACCAAAAACCCACAAAAUUCUGUGCAACUUUCUAUUUAAAAAAAAAACACAAAAUUAUGUGCAACUUUCUCAAAAAUACAAAUGGUGUGCAACUUUCUAAAAGAAUACAGAUGGUGUGCAAUUUUCUUCAAAAAUAGUAAGUGUGUGCAAUUUUCUUCAAAAAUAGUAAUUGUGUGCAACUUUCUUAAAAAAGAUAAUUAUGUGCUAGUUUCUUCAAAAAUGCAAAUUGUUGUGUGCUACAUUGUUAGUUCUUAACAAAAAAAAUUGUGUGCUACUUUGUAAUUUAACUCAAAAUUACAAAUUAUAUGCUACACUGUUAACUAACUUUUAACAAACUUAAAAAUACAAUUGUAUAUAUAAAGUUAACUUUAAAAUAUAAUUGUAUGCCACUUUGUUACUAAACUUAAAAAUACAUAUGGUGUCUUACAUUGUUAGUUAACUUAGAUACAAAUUGUGUGCUACAUUGAUUGUUAACUCAAAAUUACAAAUUGUGUGCUACAUUGUUAAUUAACUUAAAAAUUCAAAUUGUGUGCUACAUUGUUAAUUAACUAAAAAAUUCAA